AAUCUGUGACGGGUUUCCCGGUUUCCCGAUGUUUUUGUAUUCGAGUUGUUUAGUUUAUUCUUUAAUUAUUUCGACAUUGUUGCAUUAGUACGUAAAUUGACUGAUACACUUACAAAAACAGCAACAUGAAGCUAAUUAUACUAACGCUGUUUGUAAUAUCGUUUAUACGGGGGAAUUUAGCAAUAUGGUGCUACCAGUGUACAGCAGCUACACCUGGCUGCACAGAACCGUUCAAUUGGCGAGGUGUCGGCUACUUAGGCAACCCCUGUCCUGACCAGGAUGAUGUUUGCAUCAAGUUGAUUGAAACAAAAGGAGCACAGCGAGUUAUUACAAGAGACUGCUUAAGUAAUUUUAAGGCAUUCCGUACUGACAUUCCUGCAGACACAUACGAAGGUUGCAGGCCUGCUGCUAAAGAUGUAAACCUUGCUAACUAUGUGAAUAAUACUAUUAAGGAGCUAGACAUCAAAAGGGAUUGGUAUGAUGAGACAAUAUGGUGUUUCUGCUUCCUUGAUCACAGGUGUAACAGUGCAUCGACGUCAUAUACAUCAAUGGCGUUGCUAAUAUGUGCGACCUUGCUCUUAUUUAAAAACUCACCAUUGUUUUGAUAUCCUGUGUUAGACUGAAUUAUCAAGAAUCUCAUCAAUAGUCAACAAAAUGCAGGUACCUUCACUUUGUCGACAGUGAUGAUUAAGAGUAAAAAAAAGAAAUGUAGUAGUCAUUAAGUAGUACAAUAGGGACUAUUAGGGUGUACGCUGCCUUAAGCAACAUCCACUUUGUGCUCCCGCUAAAGACAGCGCAAGCCCGUACCCCAGGAAUAAUAUUGAUAGUUAAAUAUCCAGAUUAUUCAAACUCAAGUGAUAGAUAUUUAAGGAACAUUUUUGUGCAUAUGUUGCAGAAUGAUUUGGUAAAUCCAAUUUUAGCGAAAAUCCUAGAGAUUUUGGAAAUAUGUACGUGGAUAAUUAGACAACGGUGAAGACAUUCUCAAUCUUACUGAAAAAAGGUAGGAUUUUUGCCAAAACUCGAGUCGCUUCAGUAAGAUUGCGAAAAGAAUUGUUGGCUUAUUAUAAUUAUUCUUGGGUUCACACUAGGUUUGGUUAGUGUCGUGAAAAUGACUGGCGAAGCGCCAGAAAAAAACUAUAUUAAUCUGCAAGAAAACUGCAGCUCUGGCUUUGAUAUUGGAUGGAUGGACUAACAGCAUUGGUAACGGUGUUUUGAUUGCCACUAAGCUAAAAACUUUUUUUUAAAACUAUAUAUAGUGUUUCCGGCACUAUAAGAAACUGCUACCUUUUUCAGUGAAAAAUUAAUUCACAUCCUUACGGAAAUUGGCCCUGCUAAAUUAGUCGCAAUUAUCACAGACAAUGCUGCCAACAUUAAAACAGCCUGGAGGAUUGUCACAGUAUAAUAGCCCGAUAUUUCUUGCGUAGCAUGCGUUAUUUAAACUUUGAUUUGUUAGGAUGUUUUAAUAUAGCCCUUUUUGAGGAUAUCCUAGAAAAUGUCAUUGCAAUUAUCUAACACAAAAAAGUCGUAUGGUCUCUGAGCGUUUUUUAAAAAAUGACAACGGAAAAGUCUUGUGUACAUUUAAAUUGAAUUUUGAGACGAAACGCAGUGGGGCCUCAUUUACGCUACAAUCGUUCAAGGAAAAUUGACAGGCUUUCGAGAUGAUGUCAAUAUUACCCGCAGUGAACAUCACGCCACAAAUUAAAUACUUUAUUUUGGACUAAGUAUCAGUCAUGGGCCAAAGUGGAAGGGCUGUUAUAGUUCUACAACCAAUGGCCAAAGUUAUCUUUAUAUUUUAAAGGGACAAUGUUUUGCUUAAUCAAACUGUAACUCAGCAAUUGCAGUUAACAAGUUUUUUAAAUGAAGAGGAUGAAAAUGUGGUAAUGGCUGCUAUCGAAAAACGCAAAAAAAAAGUUUAUUGCGGCAUCCCAUUUGGAUCCGCGAUGUUGCGACGUCCACCUAACUGAUAACGAGGUAGGUAGGCUAGGCUUCUGAGUACCUACUUGCGUCAAGCUGCUACUGCUUAAGGCGUCGGUACAGGAAAAGUCAUCAAAAAUAUGGCAGAAUUUAAACUUAAAGAAAACUUAUGAAGGGAGCAAAGUCAUGUGGGUUCCAGUGAAUAACCUUGAGCCAAGAUUAUGGGUGGAGAGCAUUUGAUAGUAACCAAGAUGUUGCGAGUACAGCUAUAAUAAAUCUUAGUGUCUCGCCAUCGUCAUCAUCUGCUAUUGAACGUAAUGAAGAGAGUGCUGGUACAUUUAUUCACAGUUCUGAAAACGAUCUAAAUGAUAGUGACCAAUCUGAAAAUGGGAGUGUUUAAGAACCAAAAUGCCCACCGAGUCUCGAAAGGACUACUUCGCAAAACGACCACUUAUUUGUUUCUUAGGUUUUCACGCACACUACUCAUUAAAUAAAACAAGUUUCAAUGGUAUACAUGCACUGAUUUAUUUAUUUAUUGACGACCACUUAGCUAAAUGAAUACUUAGCAUAAUGCCUAAUUUGCUUUAAGGAUCAAUUCGCAGAAUGGCUACUUAGCUAAAGGAGUUAUUCGCGCAAGGAAUAACACCCUAAAUGACUACGGAAAGUGAGUUUAAAUAAAAUAACCCCAUUUAUAUUCAUUGGUAAUAUUUACUGCUAUUUUUUUUGGUCUUGAACAGAAUCCAUAAUAUACAUGAUACAAUAUUAAAACUGAAGUAACCCUUAAAAAUAAAUACUUAAACAUAAAGUGGAUUCAAUAAAACAUAAUUACAUGUUUUCAAUCACAACAGCCGCUGUUUAUUCGCUAACUUUGAUAUUUACAGUGUGUAACUAAAAAGGAAAAUUGCAUAUCCAUCAAUGCUUUUCAGAACAAGUAUCUUAAUGGCGUUAUAAUAAAGCAGUAGUGGAUCACUAAAUAGCUCGGUGAUUAUCACUUCCAUGUGUCAAAAGCAGUUAGCGAAUAGGCCUACUGGCCACUGAUGACAGCGAAACAGCUGGUUACCAGCUUGCUAACUACGAUAACAACCGGCUUCACACCUGUGGUCAUGGUACGAUUGUUAAGCAUUAAAGUGAAUUUUGUAUAAGUAGGUGUAAGAGAUGAAACAACUUUACUAGUGUUUUAUAAUUUAAUAUUAUAAGAUAAUUGUAUAACAUUUCUUCAGUUUAGCUACUUAUUUGUUAUUAUGUUACUGAGAAGUUUGUUAUCAACUGUAUAAUAAUAUACUUAUGAAUCAUUAUUGAUUAAAAAUAAUGAAAUAAUAAAUAAUAAUCUUCAUCAUAAAGCAAAAAAUCUUAGUUUUAAGGGGUAACAAUUAUAUUUUGUACUGUUUCCUACCCAUAGUAAGGGAAAAUAAUUCCGUCCAAUAUAGAAUAUAAUUAAAUUAUAAUUAGCUUUAAGAGUAAUACUAAACUGACAAUUGUAAAAGACGUGCCUUAGGAAAGUUUUAAUAAGUAUGCAAGACUUAAAAACAUAAUAAUGUUGAUGAGGUCGUGAAUGUGGUCUAUUUUUUUUUAAAUCUACAAAAGGCUGUUUUUUAUAUUCACUAUAUUAAUAUUUAAUAUUAUUAUUAUUUAAUAUUUUAAUUUUUCAGUACAAUACCUUUCUCAUCUUUGUUACCAUGUUAAUAAGCUUAUGGAACAAUUGUCGCACCUAUGAAAUUCAAAAUGACAUAUUAUUUGAAAUCAUGUACAGAAAUACAGAAUAAAUUAUAUUUUGAUAAACCACACUUUCAAUUUUUUUUUAUCUUGCAUCUAUGAUACAGUAAAGAAAUUAUCUUAUUCUGGUUCAAUGGGAAAUUUGCGCGGGUAAGUAGGGGAGACCUAGGAGAGUUGUGAUAAUUUUUAAUUUCAGAGAUACUUCUCUGAGCGAGAUACUUCUCGCUCAAGAAACAUUUUACAUGGGUUAUAAUAUAUAGCACCAUUUAGUCCGGUCAAAUUAGACAGAAAACUAAGAGUGAAGGUGCAUAAAUUCACAUUAAGCUGAAAGUAAGUACAAUUGUUCAAAACAUAAUUAAAAAUUACAUAUCAAAAUUCCCCAUGCAAUUCAUCUAUUCGAGAGCAGGAGAUGGCUCGCGGGCCGUAGUUUGCCCAUCCCUGUAAAUAAACACUCGCAUUGUUCGCUCUCGUCACGUCACUGCGGUGCACACGCAACUGUUGUAGUACAAUUGAACCGAGGCACGGUAAUAUAUAUAAUAUUACCGUGACCGAGGCGAGCAGGUACCUAGCGCGUAGGGCUCGCUUUUCGACCGUUCGUUUGAAGUCGGACUACUGUAGAUAUCAGUACCCCUAGAAUGAAACAAUAUCGAAUUCGAAUAGUUUGCGAGCCCAAAAAUGCCAUCUCAAAUUGUGUAUGGAAACUUGAACAGCAGCGCCAAAAAGGACAUAACGAGA